GACGCGUCGUGAUCCGGUGUAGAGAGCUCGCCCCGUGAAAUGUCAAGAAAAUGGACGGCAACGCUAACCGCCCCCGAAAAACGAGUGCUCAAAUAAUAAGCGAAGCCCGCGAGGCCGUCGUCGUCGUCCUCCAGUCGCAAAGGAUGGAGUCGGGCACGUCGCCGGCGGUGAGGCCGCUCCAGACCAGGAGGCCGUUCACGCCGCGUGCCAACGAACGACACCUCUUUGGCGGUACGCGGGGACGCGACGAUCGACCCGCGAGCUCGUUCAGCCUGCGGUACCUGCGGCACGAGUUCGCGGGUCACCAUUUCCUCAAAAAGUCGGCCGCCAAGCGAACCGUUGGCGACGGCGUCUUCAACAUCGGCGUGAAGGAGUCGUGUAAGGUACGUCUGCCGUCGCUGGAGGAGACCGGGUCGUUGAGCAAACGCAAAAUUUUCAAAAACACGUCGCUAGAGAAACUGCCCGAGGAGGGGGACGCUACGACGAUGCCGUGCGUCGUGCAAAGGAACGCGUUCAGCUCGCCCAAAGAACGUACCGAUUUCGACGAAUCGGAACGGGGCGGCAUCCUGCUCGGGCCUCAGAACCUCACCAAGAUCUUUGACAAUCGGUACAUCGUCGAAAACUCGGAGAGGCUGUUCAGCAGUCCGCCUUUGCGGGGAGACACCGUGGAAGAAGUGCUCGCACGUCUGGACGCCGUCGACGCCCGACAAACCGAUCUCGUACGGGACCUUUUGAACGAGCUCUACGGGUCGAUGGAGAAAGAGGGCCUGGUCGGCAGCAAAACGAACCCGAAAAUCAAAAUAGGCAUCCUCAAAGGACUGUACAAGUUUGUCGAGUCGCGCGACGACGAGGUCCUCACCGAUAUCGCGAGGGUGAUUUUGGCGUUGAACGUAACCGGGAGCAAUUUGAGCGGCGUGUGCAAGCUCAUCUUUAAGAUAUCGAAAAACGACAAAAACGACCGCCUGUUCCUCGAAAACAACCUGCUCGAGUUGUUCGUGGACGCGUUAGGAAGAUCGACGCCCGUCGACGACGCCGAGGCGUGCGUGUAUGCCUACGGCGCAGUUAAAUUUCUCACGAUGAACGCGACCAUCCUCGGAAAGAUGCUCGCACUAGGAAUCCUCCCGCUGAUGGUGCUCCACCUGAAGAUCGUUAACGAUGCGAAAGAAGAUAGACAACACUUUCCGACCAAGACCAACCACGUCCUGUUCCAGCUCACGGGAGCGUUGAGGAACGUGCUAGCGGACGAAGACGCUUUCGAAGGUUUCGUAGCGUGCGGCACCGUCGGUCACCUGUGCCACGCCCUCGAGCUCUUCGACGAUGAUGUCGACAUCGUCACCAACGUCGCGCGUAUCUUGAGUACGGCGUCGACCCGCGACGACUGCUGCGACGCGUUGAACGGCACCGAGAACCUCUACAAAGUGACGGUGAAGUUGCUGCGAGGGCACGCGCAAAACGAAGAUAUAGUGGUGAGGCUGACGUACAUCUUGGGCAACUUGGUGGCGAGGAUCGAUCGAGCUAGGAUCGAAUUCUUUGACGAACCGGGUUCGAUCGACGGCCUGGUGAACCUGUGGCGAGUCUACCUCGAGAGGACGCUCCAGUUGUGCUCGUUGACGGUCGAGAACGGGAGCAUCGUCAACUCGAACAGCGAGGACGUCAUGAUAAAAGUGAUCAGGGUGAUCGCGAACGUCGUCAUCAACCCGACGAUAGGGAAACGGACCAACGAAACGUACGGGCCCGUGUUGAUCGACGAGUUCUUGAAGGUGCUCAUCAGUAACCCGUUUAAAAAGAACAGCGAGCUGGUCCGAUCGGUACUGAGCACGCUCAACAACCUCUCCUACUAUUACUCGAGCGAUACAGAAGGGGACGCAUUUCACGUCAAGCAGAUGGAAAUAGUGGAGGCGAUAGUGGAAUACGCUACAGGAGAAAACGACGAGUGCGUAGUCGAAACCAUGAGGAUUUUGGGUAAUCUGUCGCGAUCCAAGACCACCAGGAGUUACAUCGCAGAGACGUCGAUAUUCGAUACGUUGAUGGGGUUGCUCGACGUCGCCGACGUCGCCCUCCUCAAGACCGUCGUCGGCGUGUUCGUUAAUCUAAUGUCGGACACGAGGUGUCGCCAGCAGUUCAAGGAAGGAGGCGGCGUUGCCAAGUUGCAACGCGUUCUGAAAGCGUACUGCGCGGCCGACUGGAAUUUGGGCACGUUGGUGUGCCAAGUGCUGUGGAACUACUCGAUAGACACGGUGGACCUGUACGAAACGAUGGGCGAGACGGAACUCAACGACCUUCUGCUGGUACUGGCGGAGUUUUUGGACGAGGAAAAGUUGUUCGGCGCGGCCUGCGACGAGACGGAGAUGCUCCUCACCCCGGAGUACCUGCUGUGGGAGGAGUUCGCGGGAGUAGCGACCAAUUUGUUGGAGAAGAUCGAAUACUUUUUGGACACGUUCGAUCAAAUACAGGUGGCGGACCAUGAGAAUGUGAAAAGUGGCGGCGACGGCGGCGGAAACGUCACUUUCGCCGCGUGGCAGAUGUAAAAAUAGAGGAAGGAAAUGUUUGAUUUAGUUUGCCUAUUCGUAAAUAUUAAGUAUAUAGCGAUAUAUACUACUACUAUACUAUAUUACUACUACCGUGCUUCGCCUUCAGGAUGCAAAAAAACGGUUUUUUAAUUAUUAGCCGGAUUAAAUUAUGGUACGCUACUGAUUUUUUAAAGAUCCAAUGAUUUUGAUCAAUGAGACUGUUUUGUUCUUUCCGACUUUUUUGUAUUCAAGAUAAAAAUUCAAAACCAUUCCUUAAAAAUGAAUGAAAAGUUGUCACCUUGGAUUCAGAAAACAAAUCAAGUUGUGACACAUGUUUUUUUUUUCUGCAAAAUACACCCUUAAAAUGUUUAUAUUGAAUUUUAAAAGACCCUGUUAGUUGUUUUUUUUUUCAUUGAGUGUAGCCACUCAUUCUACUAGUGCGUCGAAGAUAAGAAUGCACCAGUAUCUUAUCUAUACGAGGUCGGUGCGAUCAAAGAAAGGUUGCAUACUUUACAUAAUGUAAAGAGAGAAAAAGAGAUCCAAAGACAGGCAAGAUUUAGAGAAGUAAUUAAAUCACUGAUUAACAAACUAAGGGUAAAGAAGAAAUCCAAAGUGUUGGUUAUUAUCAACAGCAGUCACAUUUAAACAUAAUUUUUUCAAAAAAACUUUCAAAGACUAUUUUAUUCUCUACUAUUUACAAAUCUUCUGGAUUCCGCCUGAUGUGGUAAUCGCCAUCGGAACCUCGUAAAGCCAUUUAAUUGAUUUUCUCAUAGCAGAUUUAGAUAUAUAACAACGAUUAUUUUAAUAGUUUUUGAAAUGGUGUUCGUGAUGUAAUGCAAUUUUUCUCAGGAAGGAAAACGGUAAGUUAAAGGGUUUCAUGCAAUAAGCAUAACUAUCUAUAAAUGGAAAUGGAAAUGGAAAUUUAUCACAUACAAUGUCCAAAAGAAUCAACGAAAAUGUCACUACGGUUAAAAAAAAUAAUCAAAUUGAUGGUGACGACCUCUCGGCACUGCCUGCAUUCUUUCGUCUGGCUUCAUCGGUGGAGAUUCUCGUUAUGAUUUUGGGCCGAUAACGCAUAUCGAACUUUUAGACGAUUUAUUUUAUAAUUUAACAAUGUUCGUUUACAUUUUAUUCUAAGGUACCCUUGUAACGAUAACGAAAAGUAAUAAAUGAAUUAAUUACGUUG